GCAGGCUGUGUGUGAACGAGGAGACGCGCCGCUCCGCGCUCUGAUCCCUCAGCUCUGGACUAUUCUUUCACUUUUUAACGCAUGAAAUUUUCACCUGUGCGGACUCCUCCUGCUGCCAACACCUGACCUCAGCUCUCUCAGGUUCUAUGAGCAGAGAAAGAGAAGAAGAAGAAGAAGAAGGACGGCAGCAGCGCGUGGGACUGUGGAUUUAAAUAACUGAUUGGACUUUUCUGCGCGUUUACGUCCAGUCAUGAGCCACUGAAGACGACUCUUCAUCAGACCUGCAGCCAGCUCUUCUCUCCUCCUCCUCCCCUCCUCUCCUCCUCUAUCCCACCAUCCUCUCCUCCUCCUCCUCUUUCUGUCCACCAUGCUCCCCUCCUCCUCCUCUCCUCUCUUCCUCUUCCUCCUCCUCGCCCUCCUCCUCCUCUCCUCCCCCCUCCUCUCUGCCCCGGCUGCUCCUCCCCCUCCCUCCGUGGCGUCGGGCAGGGCGGUGUACCGAGCGUUCGACACCUCCCUCACCCACCUGACCGUUCACCGGAGGACAGGUGAGGUGUUUGUCGGCGCCGUCAACCGAGUGCUGAAGCUGUCGGCCAAUCUGACGGAGCUGAGGAGUCACAUGACCGGACCUGUGGAGGACAACGCCAAGUGUUACCCCCCGCCCAGUGUCAGGGCCUGCGCUCACCGACUGGAGUCAUCAGACAAUGUGAACAAACUCUUACUGGUGGAUUAUACUGGGAACAGACUGGUGGCCUGUGGCUCGAUCUGGCAGGGCGUCUGUCAGUUCCUCAGGCUGGAGGAUCUCUUCAAACUGGGGGAACCGCAUCACCGCAAGGAGCACUACCUGUCCGGAGCCAGAGAGGCUGAUGGGAUGGCAGGUGUGGUUGUUGGUGAGGACGACUGGACGGCCGACCCCAAGAGGAAGAAGCCUGUGAAGGGCGGCAGCCGCCUGUUCAUCGGCGCCGCCAUUGAUGGGAAGUCAGAGUAUUUCCCCACGCUGUCCAGCAGGAAGCUGGUGGCGGACGAGGAGAGCGUAAACAUGUUCUCGCUGGUCUACCAGGACGAGUUUGUCUCCUCCCAGAUCAAGAUCCCGUCAGACACGCUGUCCCUUUACCCGGCCUUCGACAUCUACUACGUCUACGGCUUCUCCAGCCGCACCUACGUCUACUUCCUGACACUGCAGCUGGACACGCAGCUGACGCAGAUGGACGCCGGCGGAGAGAAGUUCUUCACCUCUAAGAUCGUCAGGAUGUGCUCCAACGACACCGAGUUCUACUCGUAUGUGGAGUUUCCUCUGGGCUGCACCAAAGACGGCGUUGAGUACCGACUCGUCCAGGCCGCCUACAAGCAGAAACCAGGGCGGCGUCUGGCGCAGGCACUCGGCCUGUCUGAGGACGAUGAUGUCCUAUUUGUCGUCUUCUCACAGGGUCAGAAGAAUCGGUCCAACCCUCCCAGAGAGACGGUCCUCUGUCUGUUCACCCUCCACGACAUCAACCUGGCCAUGAGAGAGAGGAUCCGCUCCUGUUACCGUGGAGAGGGACGCCUUUCGCUACCGUGGUUACUCAACAAGGAGCUGCCCUGCAUCCACACACCGAAGCAGAUCGGAGAUGAUUUCUGUGGUCUGGUUCUGAACCAGCCGCUCGGAGGCCUGAGGGUCAUCGAGGGGAACCCGCUGUACGAGGACCGGACCGAGGGCAUGGGCGCCGUGGCGGCCUACACCUACGGAGAACAUACGGUGGUGUUCGUGGGGACCCGGAGCGGUCAGCUGAAGAAGAUCCGCGUGGAUGGCAUCCCGCCGCCGGCCCAGAAUGCUUUGCUGUAUGAGACGGUGACGGUGGUAGAAGGGAAGCCGAUCCUGAGAGACAUGGUGUUCAGUCCAGACCAUCAGUACAUCUACCUGCUGAGUGAUAGACAGGUGACCAGACUCCCGGUGGAGAGCUGUGAGCAGUACAGCAGCUGUUCAGACUGUCUGGGAUCUGGAGACCCUCACUGUGGAUGGUGUGUCCUCUUCAACAAGUGUUCCACACAGGAGGCAUGUGACAAGUGGGAGGAGCCUCAACACUUCAACACCCGACUGGACCAGUGUGUCGACAUCUCCGUUACCCCGAGCAACAUGUCAGUCACCUCCCCGGCAACACAGUUGACCAUUCAGGUGCAGAACGUCCCGGCUCUGUCCGGAGGUGUCUCCUGUGUGUUUGAGGACCUGAGUGAAAGUCCCGGAGAGGUGAUGGCCAAAGGUCAGGUGAUGUGUCUGUCACCGUCACUGAGAGACCUGCCAGCACACACACACUCCUACGGAGAGAAGCGAGUGGUUCAGCUCAGUCUUCGCUCCACAGAGACCGGACAUCAGUUCAUCACCACCAGCUUCAUCUACUACAACUGCUCUGUGCUCAACUCGUGUACUUCCUGUGUCAGCAGUGUGUUUCCAUGUCACUGGUGUAAAUACCGUCACGUCUGCACCAACAACCUGCAGGACUGCUCCUUUCAGGAGGGACGAGUCAGCAACAUGGAGGGCUGUCCUCAGAUCCUCCCAACCUCUGACAUCCUGGUCCCGGCUGGGAUGGUUCGUCCAAUCACGUUGCGAGCUCGUAACCUCCCCCAGCCUCAGUCGGGUCAGAAGAACUACGAGUGUGUGUUCAGCAUCCAGGGCAAAGUUCAGCGCAUCCCUGCCGUCCGCUUCAACUCCUCCUGCAUCCAGUGUCAGAACACCUCGUACUGGUAUGAGGGCGACGAGACCGGAGACCUCCCCGUGGAUUUCUCCAUUGUCUGGGAUGGAGAUUUCUUCAUCGACAAGCCUGCGUCUAUGAAAGCGUUGCUGUAUAAGUGCGAGGCUCAGCGCUCCAGCUGCGGUCAGUGUCUCAAAGCUCCCGCCACCUUCGAGUGUGGGUGGUGCACAGAAACCAGGAAGUGUCUCCUGCAUCAGCACUGCCCCUCCCCUGAGCAGAACUGGAUGCACCACGGUCGACACAAUCUGCGCUGCAGCCACCCGCGCAUCUCCAAGAUUGACCCUCUGACAGGGCCUCGGGAGGGGGGUACGCGGGUCACGAUCGAGGGGGAGAACCUGGGUCUGCAGGUGAAAGAGAUCGCUCAUGUCCAGGUGGCUGGGGUCCGCUGUAACCCCGUCCCCUUGCAGUACAUCAGCGCUGAGAGGAUCGUGUGCGACAUGGCCGAGGCUCUGCUCCCUCACUCUCCAGGCGGUCCUGUAGAGCUCUGCAUCGGCGUCUGCAGCGCAGAGUAUCGGACCCUCUCCACCCAGACCUACUCCUUCGUGAGCCCCAGUUUCAGUCGUGUCCGUCCAGAGAAGGGUCCCGUCUCCGGGGGAACCAGACUGACAGUGACUGGUCGACAUCUGGACGCCGGCAGCACCGUCACCGUUUAUAUUGACAAGGAGGAGUGCCUGUUCGUCAAACGUACCAAUCGGGAAAUAAUCUGCAUAACUCCCGCCUCCCUCUCGGGCUCUGGCCCCGCCCCCAUCCGUCUGAUGAUUGACAAGGCCGAGGUGACGAGCUCAGAGACCAAAUACAUCUACACCGAGGACCCGACUAUCACCAGCAUCGAGCCAAACUGGACCAUCCUCAAUGGCAGUACAGUGAUAACAGUGACAGGAACUAACCUGCUGACCAUCCAGGAGCCAAAAGUCAGAGCCAAGUACGGAGGAGUGGAAACUAAUAAUUUCUGCACCGUGGUCAACGACAGCACCAUGACGUGUCUGGCUCCUGGUCUGGUUUACAGUAAACCCAACCCACCAGAGGGGGCACUGCGGCCCGAUGAGUUCGGCUUCAUCUUUGACCAGGUGUCCUCUCUGCUGGUCCUGAACUCAACCCCCUUCACACACUACCCCAACCCAACCUUUGACCCCCUGGGGAACUCUGGGAUCCUGGAGGUCAAACCGGGGUCGCCCAUCAUCCUGAAGGGUAAGAAUCUGAUCCCUCCUGCCCCCGGUAACAACCGUCUGAACUACACGGUGCUGAUUGGAGAGUCUCCCUGCCUGUUGACCGUGUCAGAGAACCAGCUGCUCUGCGAUUCGCCAGAUCUCACCGGAGAACAGCGAGUCAUGAUCCUGGUUGGUGGUCUGGAGUACUCCCCGGGUAUGCUCCAUAUCUACUCUGACAGCGCCCUGACGCUUCCUGCCAUCAUCGGUAUCGGAGCAGGUGGAGGUGUCCUGCUCAUAGCGAUCAUCGCGGUGCUGAUCGCCUACAAGAGGAAGACUCGUGAUGCAGACCGGACUCUGAAACGGCUCCAGUUGCAGAUGGACAACUUGGAAAGCCGGGUGGCACUAGAGUGCAAGGAGGCCUUUGCAGAGCUGCAGACAGACAUCCAGGAACUGACCAACGACAUGGAUGGAGUGAAGAUCCCCUUCCUAGAGUAUCGGACUUACACCAUGAGAGUCAUGUUCCCAGGAAUAGAGGAACACCCAGUCCUCAAGGAGCUUGACUCUCCAGCUAACGUGGAGAAAGCUCUGCGUCUCUUCAGUCAGCUGCUGAACAACAAGAUGUUCCUUCUGACCUUCAUCCACACUCUGGAGGCUCAGAGGUCGUUCUCCAUGAGGGACAGAGGGAACGUUGCCUCGCUGCUGAUGGCCGCUCUGCAGGGUCGUAUGGAAUAUGCUACAGUGGUGUUGAAACAGCUGCUCGCCGACCUGAUCGAGAAGAACCUGGAGAACAGGAACCAUCCCAAACUGCUGCUGAGGAGGACGGAGUCUGUGGCUGAGAAGAUGCUGACGAACUGGUUCACCUUCCUGCUGCAUCGAUUCCUCAAGGAGUGUGCCGGUGAGCCCCUCUUUAUGCUCUACUGCGCCAUCAAGCAGCAGAUGGAGAAAGGACCCAUCGACGCCAUCACAGGAGAAGCUCGCUACUCUCUGAGCGAAGACAAGCUCAUCAGACAGCAGAUCGACUACAAGCAGCUGACUCUGAUGUGUAUUCCUCCGGAGGGCGAGGCGGGAACAGAGGUGCCGGUGAAGGUGUUGAACUGUGACACGGUGACUCAGGUCAAAGACAAAUUGCUGGACGCCGUCUACAAAGGAAUCCCGUUCUCACAGAGACCGCAGGCCGACGACAUGGACCUCGAGUGGCGUCAGGGUCGACUGACCAGGAUCAUCCUGCAGGACGAAGAUGUGACAACAAAGAUAGAGAGUGACUGGAAGAGACUGAACACACUGGCACACUACCAGGUAACAGAUGGCUCUCUGGUGGCGCUGGUCCAGAAGCAGGUUUCUGCCUACAACAUCGCCAACUCCUUCACCUUCACCAGAUCACUGAGCAGAUACGAGUCGUUACUCCGAACAUCCAGCAGUCCUGACAGUCUGAGAUCCAGAGCUCCGAUGAUCACCCCGGACCAGGAGACAGGAACUAAACUGUGGCACCUGGUGAAGAAUCAUGAGCACAGCGACCAGAGAGAAGGAGACAGAGGCAGCAAGAUGGUUUCUGAAAUCUACCUGACCAGACUGCUGGCGACCAAGGGGACACUGCAGAAGUUUGUGGACGACCUGUUCGAGACGGUGUUUAGCACCGCCCACCGCGGCUCUGCGCUCCCAUUGGCUAUCAAGUACAUGUUCGACUUCUUAGACGAGCAGGCCGACAAACGACAGAUCAGCGACCCGGACGUCCGACACACCUGGAAGAGCAACUGCCUUCCUCUUAGGUUCUGGGUCAACGUCAUUAAAAAUCCUCAGUUUGUGUUCGACAUCCAUAAGAGCAGCAUCACUGACGCCUGUCUGUCGGUCGUCGCUCAGACCUUCAUGGACUCUUGCUCGACGUCCGAACACCGACUCGGCAAAGACUCGCCAUCCAACAAGCUGCUCUACGCUAAAGACAUCCCAAACUACAAGAGCUGGGUGGAAAGGUAUUACAGGGAUAUUGCGAAGAUGCCCAGCAUCAGCGAUCAGGACAUGGACGCUUAUCUGGUCGAGCAGUCCCGUCUCCAUGGCAAUGAGUUCAACACACUGAGUGCGCUCAGUGAGCUCUACUUCUACAUCAACAAGUACAAGGAAGAGAUCCUGACAGCAUUGGACCGGGAUGGUUAUUGUCGCAAACACAAACUGAGGCACAAACUGGAGCAAGCCAUCAACCUGAUGUCUGGGAGCAGCUGAGAGGAGGGGAAGGACGUAUGGACUGAUGGAACGAUGGACUGAUGGAUCGUUGGGGGGAUGGGGAGUAAGAAUUGGGGAGGGGGAAGUGAGGGCAUUUUGUUUUUCUGAACUGUUUGAACAGUCAGCUGAUCUGCUCCGUGUUGGACCGAACUGACCGCCACAGCUCCGGCCCUUAAGCAAUCAAUCCAUCAGUAAUUUAUUUGUCAUUUGAUCGAUUGAUUGAUUUGAAGACUGACUAACUGGCUGGCUGGGACCCCAACUACCUCCGUUCGGUGGGUUUUGGGGCAGAAAAUCAGUUUCCAAACCGAUUUGGAUACAUUUACAACAUGACUUCAAUGUGGAAUGAAGUCAUUUUGGGUCAAAAAACAAACCUAGAUGCAUCUGACGGUUUGGAUUUGGAUUUAAAUUUACUGCAGGUGUAAGCAGGGAUCAAAGUGAGGGGGCGCUGCUGUGGAAAAAACCUGGACACUAGGCUGAAGACUGAGUCAGGUUUCACCAAACAAGGGAUACGAUGUUAGGACUAAUAGACCUGACUUCAGGAUACCCGGCCUGGUUUUGGAGCUGUCUGGAUGCAAGGUUGAACAGCAAAAGGUCAAGUCAAGUUUUCAUCAAAACUACGAACUUCAACCUUAAAAUACUUGGUCUGGUCUGCAAAAGUAAGAAACUAAGCUAAUGAUCAGAAAGUCACAACAGACUUGACCUUACUUUAAAGACCUCAUCGUAGGCCUGACGAAUGUAAAGGCUUACUGCAGAAGUUUGAGGCCUCUUACUGAUGUCGUUACCUUGGACUCUUUGUCCUCACCUUGAAAUCUGUAGCCUUGUCUGGAACAAUCCGGAUUCACUGUAAGGGGAUCAAGUCAAGCUUUAAGGAAGAAACCGUCAAAGUCAAGUUGUCAUUUGGAAAAUCUGACCCAACCUUGAACUUGUUUGCGAAGGAUUCGUAAGGUUGUCUCAAGCUUUAAUGAAGGAGAAGGAAGCAAAUAGACUGAUGUUCCAAAAACUGAUGACCUUUAAAUCACUGCUUAGUCUCAAAAAAAUGUGGAAUCCCGGUGGAAAACAACAGGAAUUCAUCUUUGGAGAUAAGGAAAUAAGGACUCUAUGAGCCGAGACAAUUUGACUUGACCUUGGACUGUUCUGCCAAGUCCGUCAGGAUCUAAAAGUUUCUAAGUUGCUGUUUUAAAUAACCACUCAAUGUUUUUUCUCUGGACAAUCACUCUGUACCACAGCACACUGAGCCCAAUGCCUACCGACCGACCAGUACCUGUGUCCAUUAACCCGUCCUUUCCUCCCACCAUCUUGUUUUCUUUUCCUUCCAUCCUCAAAACUCGAGAAUUUCACCUUCUACUCUUCCUUGACCUGUUUCUUCAUUUCCUCUCCUUCUCUAUUCUCCCUUUUUUUCCUCGUUUACUUUUCACCCCACUUUUUAUUUCUCCCCCCCUCAACCCUGCCCCUUCAUUGGUCAGUCAUGCUGGCCUCUGGUCAUUCUAUUGGCCAGGAAGACUCUUUAGUAAUGUACUGCCCGACCAAUCAAGACUGUGGAUUUCACCAGAAUUAUGAAGAAUUAAGUAGAAUUGAAUAGAAACAAAUACAGAGUUACGUUUUGAAUACAUUCCAGCACAGACACACAGGCAAGGUCUGUAAAUAAGCAGGUUGAUUUCGAAAGCAAAGAACCGAUCUGCAUUUUUCAGGACCAGAACAACCUGGAAAACGGGGUUCUGGAUUCAGCACCAGUCGGUGAACUUUGACACGGGUUGGUUGCAGAUCGCAUUAUCGUCGGACCUUGCACAUACACCCACAUACAGCCAUGCUUUACAGCGCCAUGCUAACCGUGCCCAGGGGGAAAUACUGUGCAGAGCUACAAGCCCAGUGCCAUGUAAAGACCGGACCGGAUCAUGUCAGAACUGGACCGGACUUGGACCAAACCGGAUAAAAAACAACCCAAGAUGGAGUUUUAACCGGACCGGACUUAAGAACUCUUAAGACUUGUGGCCAUAAUUGUAAACAACAAAAAAAGAAAGAUAAUAAUAAUAAUGAUGAUAAAGUAUAAAAGCUAAAAAAGAAUACAAAAAGAAAGGAAAAAAAGAAAUAUUGAAAUGUUAACAUGUAAUAAGAACUUUGUGGAUGUGACAGUAUGGAUUUUACGGAGCGGAACUUGUAUAAAGCUGAACGUUAUGCUACAUCAGAGUCUGGAGAAAGAGAGAGAGCCAGGAGACGGAGCGAUGGAUCAGGCCGAGACCAAAUCAAACCCAUCCUCACACCGUCACACCAGACUGGACUAAACCAGAUCCAACUGGAUUUAUCCGGACUGAACAAGUGUGUUCUGUUUGAAAACUGAAGGAACUGAACCUAAAUCUCGGCUCUGUAUGUCGAAGGAAGAAAAACUAACUGGACGUUUUUGGUACUUUUUUUCGCCAAAGUGAGUGUUUGAACAGAACAGUUUUCUUGUGCGACGGAGGGUCGGCCUGGAGGUUUGGGCGGUGCUUAGAGGGGUUAAAUUGUUGCAUGUUUGCUUCGGAUGGCAUCUUUGUUUUGAUGAGCUCUUGAUGCGCUCUUGUACAUCCUAAAGAUGAAUGAGGGCGCUUUCACACUGCCGGCUCUGUCUCAGUUAUACAACUUCAAAAUGUGAGAAUAUGAUCAGGUGCAGACAGUGGACUCAUACCUCCACCUGCACUUGCACAGUCCAACACACCUGACAGCACCAACCUUCUCGAUUCUGGUAAACAAAUGCACAGACUGACUUACGACCAACUGUAACUCAAAAAAAAAAAAAGAACGCAGCGUGUAACGCUCUAAAUUCUCUGUAUGAAUGAUGGUUAAAUGUCAGGUUGAGGACGUUUCUGAAAUGGCAAUGCUGCACCCCUCAUCCCCCCGUACACCUCUUCUUUCUGUGGCAGAACAUUUACACUUUGCACAACUGGAUCAUAUCCUGUAUAUUGUUCAUAGGUCCAUUCUUGUUCUAACAUUUGACAAACUAUCUGACCUUUUGAAAAAACACACUAAAACUGCUUUAUGCUCAUUAAGGCAGUUUUGAGUCCUCAUAGGCUUUUUGAAUUCCACUGACAGCUUUUAGUGGGAUUUAAAAGAGCUGUCGACACUCAUUCCUCCGUUUUUCUGUUUCCCUGCCAAGAACAAACUACAGAAGCUUUGUCCUCUGUUUGGCUUUUCACCGACAGCUCCUACAUUUAGAGCUUUGUGGCAGCUCAAAACUGAUUGCCAUAAGUGAGACUGACCUCACUGGGAUUUUGAUAUAAAAAGGGAAACAGAUUCAUAGAUAUCUUUCAAACCUGUACACAUGGUUUCUUAAACAGUUGUAAACCGCACACCUGGGUGGGCUUCAAGAUUUCCAUUUGUUCAGGUUAAUGGCAAUAACUGAAAACAAAAACAUCCCCAAACUGAAGACUGAGUCUCAUGUACAUUAUAUUAAAAAAAAAUAAUACACAACUGGUUGAAAUCGGAAUUUCACACACUCUAAAACAUUGACUAGUUUACCAGCUUGUAUGCACGGUUUGCAUUUCCACAUAAACAAAACCAUAAGGUCUGUAAGACUCUGGAGAAAAGCCGGUGUGUCGUCUGAAAAUGUUCUACCACAGUUGAAGCGUCUCUCUGCUGGCUCUGUGCAACGCCAUAAAGCUCUCAAGCACCUUUUUUUCUUUCCAGAUGUUGUUUCACUGUUGUUUGAAUCUUUGGGGCCAAAAGGACCAAAGUGAGGAAGACGAGGAGGAGGAGGAGGGGGAGGGAGGGAGGAAGAGGAGGAAGGGUCCUGAUAAAAGACUGCCUUUUAGAUGAUUAAUUAUAGAACAGGGAGGGAAGCCACUACCAUACCAAUACCACUGUUGAUCCAACCUGUGUGUGUGUGUGUGUGUGUGUGUGUGUGUGUGUGUGUGUGUGUGUGUGUGUGUGUGUGUGUGAUGCUCUUACUGCUGCUGCAGUGGAAACUCAACCGUUAAACCUUGGAUCGUAUCUGCAGCUCAAUUAAAAAUCUUUUUCUUUACAGUCGCACCGUUUAAAUCUUCCGAUCAGAAUCAUUAUCACUUCUGAAAUCUUGGAUGCAUCUCCGGUCUCCUUUUAGAGAAAAAAAAAAAACAUUGAUUGCUCUGUAAACUCAAAGUCGUCAAAAGCAAUAAACUGAGCAUCUCAUUGUCAUUUUGGUCAGAAUUUACCUUUUGGCCGGUGUGAUGAGAUGGUGGUUCAGAGGAGGAGAGGUUUCUGUCAACAUGCUGAAGGGUGAAGAGGAGAAUGUAAAGGGAGGGAAAGGGAUAAUGCAUAGACAAUGUUAAGGAAACCCCCACUGCAUGCUGAAAAGUGAGGAAGAGGAGAGGAAAAGGAGGAGGAAGAGGAGAAAUUACAUUUCCACAGUUCAAAGAGGAGGAGGAGGAAGAAGGAAGAGGAGGAAGAGGUUCCAUCAUACCAAAGGGUGAAAAAGACGAGGAAAACCUUAUGUUCUUCAAACACAGAAAAGAGAAACGUUAUAGUAGAACACAAGAGGAUCAUUUUGUAAAGAGGAAGGUCAGGUUCCCUUUUUGUAUGCUAAAGUGAGAGGAAGCAGGAGGAAGAGGAGGAGGAGGGGGAGGGAUGGAUGGACACGCCACUGGAAUACUGAAAGCAGGAGAGAGGGAGGAGAGAGGGAGAAUACUGAUCAGGGAGAAAAAGAGGGAGACAACGUCAUCCAUCAAACCAGCCGAGGAAGGAAAGAUCUCAGAGGAGGAGGAGGUGGAAUCGCUCCCCGUGCAGAGAGAGGAGGAGAGGAGCGGCUCCAGAUCCAGGUCUGUUGGACUUCAGAUCACGGUGGAUGACUGUCGAAAUAAAACUGAAUAUAUCAGUCAGGCGAGCAUAAAAUUAACCACAGAAAGAACUAAAAGAAUACAAACAGUGUUAAGUAAUAAAUCAUCAGGUUCACUUGAGCAAAUUAAAGGCACAUAAAGACAAAAAAAUACCAGCAGUCAGUUUUUUUCAGUCAAAUAUAUUUUUGGGAACAAAAAUCAGUAAAUAAUUUUUUUCUCUGUAUGGCUGCUGUAGUUUAGACAACAUUGAGCAUUUGAGAGCAUGUUUGCUUUGGUAUCUGAAUCGAUAAUCUCACAGUAUCAAAAAAAUUGCAAAAAAUAACCGGCCCUAAUCUGUAAUGUUACAUCUUCCAGCCGCCAGUGGUCACUUCCUUUCUGUAACUAAUUUUGUGAUACCUGAGUGACUAAAAUGUUUUGCUACCUCUGAUAUCUGCCGUGGACGGUCCUGGAUCUGGACUAAUAGAGAGCUUGAGGAAAAUGAAAGAGGAGAGCAGAAAACAAUGGAAGAUGAGGAGGAUGGAUUAGGACAGGGGGAAAAUGGAAACCUUAGUAAUAGAGUUUAAAUUUGUCCCGAACAAAUCGAUUCUCGGUUGUGUUCACACCGUGGUAGCAAGUAGCGUGUGUGUGUGUGUGUGUGUGUGUGUGUGUGUGUGUGUGUGUGUGUGUGUGUGUGUGUGUGUGUGAGUGCUUGUUUGUCUUGUUUACACACACACACACAUUUUAACAUCAUAUCCAUCUUUCGAACACACACACAGUUGGGAGGAUGUAACAGGAACUGAAGAGGCCGGUGGGAGGGCCUGGUCUAAUUCCUGGAACACUGGAACAGCAAACAAAAAAAAAAAAAAACAGGGAUUGGAUUGUUACCUUGUUUUUAGCUGCAGUGUCCAUCCAUCUGCCCACACACACACACACAAACACACACACACACACACACACACACACACACACACAGAUGGCUCAGAGUUUUUAACGUUCUCCAGCAGUGAGAUAUUUAUUGAUAAUUUUUUACUUUAUUUUUACUUUUAAUUUAUUUUUUAUGAUGAGUUAUAUUUAUUGUGGGAGGAUGUACGUGAUUUUAUUAUCUUGUACAGCAUUAAAGAGAGAGAGGAGCUCAACAUUAGACUGUCACUGCACACAGACACACACACAUAUACACACACACAUUUUCAUACAUAAUAUAUCCAAUGUGCAGGCUUGGAAACGACCAUUUACCAUCAAAGACCGAAAAAUUAUUAGUUGCAUUUAUCUCAGUUCUCUUGAAAACAUUUAAUUUGGUUGUGUUAAGAUUUGUUUUCCUGUUAUACCAAAGUGUACAGGUACGUUUCCUUUUUUAUUGAUCAAUUCUUGCUCGUAAUACUGAAAUAUUUCAGCUGAAUCCACAUGAGUCUGUGUCUCUUUAGUGGAGCUGGGUUGGUCGUUUCCGUCCUGCCCAUGUUCGAAUCCAUUGAUUUGUCUGAUAACUGAGGAGUCAGUGGACAGGUCGAUCGAUUUAAUUGAUUAGAAUCAUCCAUCAGACUCAAUUCACUCACUCAACAAACAGUCGGAGAAGUCGUACGAAUCUUUCGACUCUUCUGACUCUUAAUCCAGACGAUGUUUUCCAGGAGUUGGAUGGGAGCAGGGAGAGAAACAGCAGGGAAACAGGACUCUCCUGUUGAAAACCAAUGGGUCUAAUAUCUAAUCUCCGAUUGGUAUAAAAUGGAUUUUCUCCUCAUUGGAAAUAAACCAAAGUUUAUUUAAUGUGAUCAUAGCAACCAAAAUACUCUCACAAUGGAUUUUAUUUUGGAUUUGUAUCCCAUUUCAAACCAAUGGUUCUAUUGGUGUCAUCACCACAAUCACCCAUUGGUGUAAAUUGAAACCAAUGGUAGCUCCUUGUCUCCAAAAGGAGAUUCUUACAACUUCCAUUUAUAAUCAAUGGGAGGUUGCCCACAGGAUAUCGAUCAAUUCCCCAUUGAUUUCCAGUGGGAUAUUUGAAAAAUUCAGUUUUAUACCAAUGGGAGCUGAUUAUAAAUCAAAUGUCCCUAUGUGACUGUAGUGAUACAUUUUCAGCUACCAUUAAUAAUCAAUGGGAGCCUCAGUAAUCAUAAUUAAAAGUGACACUACUCCACCAUUCAAAUCAGAGUUGCACUGAUCUCCCAUCUGAAAUCAAUGGGAGUUGAAUGACCACCCCCUCGUUAAACCCCUCCCACCCCUGCAGACUCCUGACUGAUGAUUGGUUGACUGACAGACGAGUCGAGCCGACAGCGAAUCCCAGCGGGCUUCAUUGUACCAUAGCAACAGCGAAUCACUGGACUCCCCACUGAGCUUGAACGGGGAGUCAGAUGUCUUUAUUGUACCAUAAUAUGAUUAUUAUUACUAUGAUUAUAAUUAUUAUUACUCUGAGCAGGUGCUUCUCAGCUGCUGCGGGAUCAGGAUCCACCAUGUUCAAAUGAACUGUAUCUGUAAGCACUUUUCUGAACCAAGUCCUGGAUUUUAAACACAACGCCAAACUCGGAGAUCUUACCAAGUUGUUCCCAGUUUGGGUCCCCGAGCCACCGGUUGAGAAGCACCGCUCACACUGGAUCUUGUGUCUUAGUUCAGGAUGGGAUUGUUCAUUCAGGCGGCGUUUUAGGUUCUCCAGGUGUCAGAUCGUGUCGCUUCGUGAUGGAUCGUAAACACAGAUGAGUCCGCUGUGAUGCCACAAACAGAUGUCACGGAGUUCAGUAAAGGAACUGUGAGGGUCAGGAUUUAAUGAAUCGUUCCAUUGAGUCUCCUAUGAAACAAAAAGGGUCAACAAAAUCCUUCGGGGUCCAGAGAGGUCCAGAAUUUUGGACCUGAUCAGAAACUGACCUGUGGAAAACCAACCUGAACCAAACAGGCAUGAAUUAAUUUUCAAAUAAGUAGAGACCCUGAUCUGACAGGGACCUGGGGACAGUCAGUACCAAUCCAAGGAUAAUUAGACUCAAUCAUUGUGAUGACUCAGGAAUCAGACAGAGAUCUGCAGCAAAACCAGACCUGAUUAGUCUGGAUAUAUGUAAUUUGGAGCCAGCCCGCCUUGGGUCCUGGGUUGGGUAUAGAGUCCUUAAAGACCUCUUUACCUUUUUCAACAGAGAAAUGUUUGACUGUUCCUGUUGUUUACAAGAUUCACCACGGAAAUCCUGCAUCCAGUGGAGCUACAUUGAGGAAGCAUUUUAAAUAUGGAAAAUCUAAAUAAACUAAUCAAUUAAGCCAGACAAACAUCCAGAUCUGUAAAAUCAGAAUCUGGCUGCAGCAGUUGGGAACAAAACACUGAACCACAACUGCUUAACUAAUACAAGAUUCGUCCAGAAUGUAUUUAUUUAUCCAAAAAUCAUGUAUGAUAAAUGGUAGAGAUGAAUAUAGUUGAAAAAGAAACCCAAAGGUUCCUGGAUACUGUCUAUCACCUGAACUCUUUAUUAACCCAGUGUUUCAGUCCUCAGACCUUCGUCAGGUCCUUUUUGCAUCAGCUUGUCUCUAAACUCUUAUCUAAACUUUUUAAAUUCCCAGCAGCUCAUGAAAAUUUCAACAGUUCACUCAAAUCCAAACACCUGACACACACCUCGAAAAUGAUCAUCUAUUGCUGAUUUACCGUUGUUUGUCAAUCAGUGACGUCACUAUGGUUACAUCACAGCGCUCAUAUCCUCCCAUUCCACCAACAGAGCCUCAUGAUCUGCCGCCUGCUGCUCCGCAGCGCCGCUGUUCAUUCACUCUGCCUGGAAAAAACUGUUUGUUUCACUGAAAACACAGAAAACACACGUCGCCUUGAUGCAGCGCUUUCCAGGAUGUAGUCAGGGCCCAUUUUUUGAUACCAUUUGCCAUUGCCUUGUUUUUAUUUUUUAUUUUUGCUGAGUUAAAAUGUAAUGAUGAUGAUGAUGAUGAAUCUUCUUCAUGUAAUAGCCUGUGUCAGUUUUUAUACCAUUGCCAUUGCCUUCUGCUGAGUUUGUAUAUUUGUGUGAUUUCACUAAAGUGUAAUGGAAAAGUUGGAAAA